CGACGAGCAUUCUCUGCGACAAGGGGCUCAUUCUUGUUUCAUCUGGAAAAGAAGUGCAUUGCGACGGUUCCUCAGAAUGAUCCUCAAAGAGACGACCCGGCUGGAGCUGCCGGCGGCGGCUGACAUGCACGUCCACCUGCGCCAAGGCAAGAUGAUGGAAUUGGUUGUGCCGCAGAUUCGCAAGGGAGGAGUCGAUACCGUUUUUGUUAUGCCCAACCUGGUCCCGCCCGUCACGAGCGUUGCCCAGGCACUGGAGUACAAGGCCCAGUUGCAGGCCAUUGAGCCAAAUGUGAACUAUCUCAUGUCGCUGUAUUUGAAUAUAUGUUCUCUCCCCCUGCUGACUGGUCCUUACCAAUCCGUUACCCCCGAGACUAUCAGAGAAGCGGCUGCUGCUGGUAUCACCGGUGUCAAGGUGUAUCCCCAGGGCGUGACCACCAACUCCGCAGCCGGCGUGCGCGACUACGACGAAUUCUUCCCCGUCUUCGCGGAGAUGGAAAAGCACGACAUGGUCCUCAACCUGCACGGCGAGGUCCCCGGCUCCCCCGGAUCGGACAUCACCGACAUGAACGCGGAAGAAAAGUUCCUUCCCACCCUGAAGAUGUUGAAUGAGAAGUUCCCCAAGCUGCGCAUCAUCCUCGAGCACUGCAGUACCGAGGCGGCCCUGGAGGCUGUCCGCUCCUGCUCUUCGACUGUUGCUGCGACCAUCACGGCGCACCACCUCUACCUCACCCACCACAGCUGCGAGAACCCCCUCGCCUUCUGCAAGCCCCUCCCCAAGACCUCCAAGGACCGCGAUGCGCUACUCCGCGCGCGCCCCCACCCGCGUCUCGCGAAGCAAGGCGGCGCGGAGGGAACGGCCAAACCGCCCGCGGGUGUCUUUACGCAGCCCUGUGUCGUGCAGUAUGUGCUUCUGGCGCUGGAGGAGGGCGUGGAACGUGGCGUCAUCGCCAACGAGGAUAUUACUCAGGAGAAGCUGGCGAAUUUCCUCAGCGUGUAUGGGCGCCGGUUCUACAAGUUGCCUGAGGCGAAGGACAGGAUUGUGCUGGAGCGGAAGGGGGAGGUGAUCCCUGAGAGUGUGAAGAGUGAGGACGGGAGUGUGGAGGUGGCGUUGUCCCGCGGGGGAGAUGAGGUGUUUAGUUUGACGUGGAAGAGCGAGUAGUAGACUCCGUGAAGUGAAAAUACAGGAUAUUCUGUGUGGAAUGGGGAUGUAGAUAACUACAAAUACUGACUACUACAUACAU